AUGGCCCAGAACAAUAUGAAUAGCUUGACCACGUUAAUAAAGCGGCUCGAGGCCGCCACCUCCCGUCUGGAGGACAUUGCCUCGUCGUCGUUCUCUGCCGACGAGAGCUCCCGCAGCGCCGCCCCUGCCACCGUGGCCGUUGGCGCUGUGCCCGCCGCGCCCGCCGCGCCCGCGCCGCAGGCCGUCGAGCUGCCGCCGUCCGUGGCCGCCUUCGACGAGCUGGUGCGCACCGAGCUGAAGACGUGGCUGGACCUGAGCCGCAAGCUGGGCACCGUCAUCGAGACGCAGUCCAAGGCCGUCGAGGGCGCCUUCGCCGCCCAGCGCACCUUCCUGACCAUCGCCAACAAGGCGAAGAAGCCCGACGACCAGACCAUCAUGGGCUUCCUGAAGGACCUGCAGGCCUCGAUGGAGAAGACCGACGAGGUGCGCCAGACCAGCCGCGGCGGCGACCCGGCCCUCAAGGACCCGCUGUCCAUGGUCGCUGACGGCGUGGGGUCGCUGGGCUGGGUCACCAUCGGCGGCGGCGGCGGCCCCAAGCCGCACGAGUACAUCACCGAGCUGUUCGGCGGCGCCCAGAUGUACGGCAACAAGGUGCUCAAGGAGUACCGCGACAAGCCCGACAAGACGAACGUCGAGUGGGUGCAGGCCUACUACAAGCUCUUCAAGGCCCUCGCCGAGUACGCGAAGAAGCACCACCCCAGCGGCGUCGCCUGGAACAGCAACGGAAUCGACGCAAAGGAGGCCGCCAAGCAGGUCGCGGGCGCCUCAGGCCCAGCCGCCGGUGCAGUUCCACCACCACCGCCACCACCGCCAGCGGGCGGCAUCCCGCCUCCGCCCGGCCCGCCGCCGCCACCAGGCCCGCCUCCGCCCCCUGGAGCAGCCCCGCCAGCCAAGAAGGCCGCGCCCGACAUGAGUGCCAUGUUCGACGACCUUAACAAGGGCGCUGAUGUCACACGGGGGCUGAAGAAGGUCGACCAAAGCCAGAUGACACAUAAGAACCCGUCAUUGCGAGCACAGGCGCCGGUUCCCACGCGCAGCGACAGCAACAGCUCCCUGCGCGGCAAGAGCCCUGCGCCCCCGCGGAAGCCCGACACAAUGCGCACCAAGAAGCCGCCGAAGAAGGAGCUGGAUGGCAACAAGUGGAUCAUCGAUAACUUCGACAGCCCCGGCGACAUCAUCGAGUUCGACGCCGAAAUCAACCACUCAGUCCUCAUCUCGCGCUGCAAGAACACCACCAUCCGCAUCAGCGGCAAAGCAAACGCCAUCUCCAUCGACAACUCAUCCCGCACCUCGAUCAUCAUCGACUCGCUCGUGUCUUCUGUGGACGUCAUCAAGUGCCCCAACUUCGCCCUGCAGGUCAUCGGCACCCUGCCCACCGUCCUCCUCGACCAGGUCGACGGCGCGACCAUCUACCUCGGCAAGGACAGCCAGAACACGGAGAUUUUCACCUCCAAGUGCUCCAGCAUCAACAUCAAUCUCCCCGUGGACGACGACUACAAGGAGAACCCGCUCCCAGAGCAGAUUCGCAGUUUCAUUCAGGACGGCAAGGUGGUGAGUGAGAUUGUCGAGCAUGCUGGUUAG